CGUCGAUGCCGUAACGGGACCAACGUUUCUACCGACGUUAAAAUCUACGUUAAAUUCGCGUUCCGAAUACGAUAAUAUCGCGAGGAAAAAGCCGCGACGGUGAAACCUGGCCGGCAAGUCAAGGACAAGGUUAACCAGGAAAUCGAAACUGCCGCACCCGUAGCCCGUAAUGCGACGUAAACGUAUGCGUUGAUCGUGCGGUCGUCUGCCGAACGGCACGUAGACACCACGAAGGAGAGAAAGUGCGCCGAGGUGAACUCGUCCCGCCACGUAUGUGUGCUCGCCACGAAAGCAAAGAGAAAGACGCUGGCACGUUAGCGCGCGUGUGUCUCGAUUCAUGCGUCCGAAAGAAAACGACGCGCGUAAAAUCACGCACGCCGCCAGAUCCUUAUUCGAUAGCGUUCCAUAUCGCCGAGCCGCAUAUCAAUCGCGAGUGCAAGCACCUGUGUGUGAGGCGUGACUCGCGCCUUGGAGCUCCGCAGCUGUAGAGAGAAAAAGGAACGCUCGUUAACGUAAUUACGAUCGCCAGCGGUCGCGCGUUUAUUUGAUAAAAUAAAUGCUAUGUUAUGCCACUUUAUUUCACGUUCCACCGGCGGAGCAGGAAAACGUUUCAAUCGCUCGAGCUUUCCAUGCUCGUUUCUUCAACGUUUUGCUACUCUCCAGGCGUAGAGGUGCGCGUAUAUUUCAAUUAUAUACAAUUUAAAUGUUAACUAUGCAAAAUGAAGAGCCAAAAAAGCAGUCUCAUUAUCUUAUUGUCGUCAUAUUCUUGGAGGUUGGAAAAACUAAUUUUCAGCGAAUAACUCCAUUUAUAAUAAAAACUCCAAUAUAAAGUACUAGUUCAUAAGAAAAUAUAAAUAAUGUAGAUUUCUACAUACACGCACGCACAUAUUGACGCAUCAUACACAUAUUGACUUCCUUAUUUUCUAGUCAUAAAUUCACAUUCAUUUAAUCUCAUUUUAUCAGUUUCUUUCCAUUUAAUCGCGUAAAGUUCAUUUAUAUACAAAUUAUCGAUGCCUUAAAUACAAUUUCGUUGAGGCGAAAUGGACUCUCAAUUGGCUAGAACAUCUGUCAUUAAAAAGGAACGGUGUAAGUGGGACAUCGAUUAUGAAUUUUAUGUGAAUUCAACCGAGUGUAAAAAAAAAUCUUAACGAAUCUUAACGAACCUGAAAACGAUAACGGUGCUAAAAAUAAUUAGGUUCUUCUCGGGGAGAAAAUUCGGGAACGUUCGGCUUUACGGGGUCACGUUUUCACGAGAUUGGCAUUGAAAGGAUAUAUACUGGGGGCCCAACUGCUUUUCACUCUCGGCAUUCACCGCACUACAGUUUCGUUCCUACCGGCAUUAGUCUCAUUCCGCUGCAGCUUUGCCGCUAUAUCAGUCGAGAGCCGCGGUGCGCUAUCGACGAGGUUGAAGUUUCUUGAGCGCGUGUGUCACAAUGCUGAAUGUAAUCGGAGUGUGAUCGAAGUGUGAUCUCUGCACUGGGAAUGACACCGGCGAUAUCUUGGGAAAGUUUAGCGAGUAAGAAUCUGGUCGGGUGAUCACGGCGAGACAACGUUGAAAAAUUAGUGUGAAAAUGUGCGCGAGUGGCGUAUUAAUGAACGCAGUAACAGGCGUGACAGCUAACGCGAGGAUAUCCUUGUGACGAACGACGUUCCCAGCUGUCAAACAUCAUCUUUCAAAUGUUCACGAAGCGACGAGAUGUCAUGUCAAAUAGUAAUACGAUUGUUGACGGAUCACGUUGACGUAAAGAGAAGAAGGUACGGAAACACGAAAUAAGAAGUUAUAAAAAGAUUGACAGCGUCGAUUUGUUUGAACGAAACGAAAGAUUUGAAACUGCGAUUACCUGAAUCAUCUGUGUCUACCAAUUAAAUUCCAAGUAAACCUUGCUUUCAGAAGAUACGCGUUUCGUAGCGCUGCUUGAAAGGAUAAUCUUCUCAAAUGGAAUGCAUCUAGAUACUGAAGUCUGUCGGUGAAAAUAAAAGGAAAUGGCAGCAGGGUUAACGACCUUGAUCGGUGCCACUUCCGUUCUUGGACUCGGUUUGAUUCCACUUUUAGCAAUCGGCCUCACUGUGUUUCGGUACAACAAUGUCGAUCCAGAAUCACAUCCGCAAAAUGCACGUCAGCUGCUGCCAAUGUACGACUUCAUAGUAGUCGGCGGAGGAAGCGCGGGUGCUGUGAUCGCCUCUAGAUUGUCGGAGGUAGCUAAUUGGACUGUCCUACUGUUAGAAACUGGCGGUAACGAAAACGAAAUUUCGGACGUUCCCUUGUUAGCCGGUUACACUCAGCUUACAGAGCUCGAUUGGCAAUAUCAGACCUCACCACCCACUACAUCUCGCUACUGUCUCGCCAUGAUAGGCGAUAGAUGUAAUUGGCCACGCGGCAAAGUUCUGGGAGGAAGUAGCGUCCUCAACGCUAUGGUUUACGUUCGUGGUAAUCGACGUGAUUACGACGACUGGGCCCGGCUGGGUAACACUGGAUGGAGCUACGAGGAGGUGCUGCCUUACUUCCUCAAGUCCGAGGACAAUCGCAAUCCGUACUUAGCGAGAACGCCUUAUCACAGGACCGGGGGGUACUUGACGGUGCAAGAGGCGCCAUGGAGAACUCCUCUGGCGAUCGCAUUCUUGCAGGCCGGCCAAGAGAUGGGUUAUGAGAAUCAAGAUAUAAACGGGGCUAAUCAAACCGGUUUCAUGUUGACGCAAAUGACAAUACGACGUGGCAGCCGAUGCUCAACGGCAAAGGCUUUCCUACGACCGGUAAAGAACAGACCAAACUUGCACAUAGCGAUGCACGCGCAAGUUUUGAAAGUGCUCUUCAACGCGGAUAAGAGAGCGACUGGUGUCGAAUUCCUCCGCGACGGUAGACAACAAGUCGUGAGGUGUAGGCGAGAAAUUGUCUUGUCCGCUGGCGCCAUUAAUACGCCUCAGUUGCUUAUGCUGUCCGGAAUCGGUCCAAGCGAACAUCUGACCGAAUUUGGCAUACCGGUGAUAUCCGAUCUUCGGGUAGGGGACAACCUGCAGGAUCACGUGGGUCUCGGCGGACUGCUUUUCAUGAUAAAUGAGUCGAUUAGCGUGACGAAAGAGCGCUUUCAGACCUUCUCGGUAAUGUUGGAGUACAUAUUGAAGGAACGAGGCCCGAUGACCAGUUCACUGGUCGAGGGACUGGCUUUCCUCAACACCAAGUACGCCGAUAAGUCCGGCGAUUACCCGGACGUGCAGUUUCACUUCUUACCGACCGCAGUCAACUCCGACGAGCAGACCAAGAAGGCGCUCGGCCUGACAGACCGAAUAUACAACACCAUGUACAAGCCGUUGCACGGCGCCGACACCUGGUCGAUCCUGCCGCUCCUGCUGAGGCCCAAGAGCAAAGGAUGGGUCAGGUUGAAGAGUAGAAAUCCCUUGGUUCACCCCGAGAUCAAUCCCAACUAUUUCGCGUACAAAGAGGACAUGGACGUGUGCGUAGAGGCAAUCAGACUGGCCCUUCGUGUGUCCAACACCAGCGCGUUUCAGCGCUUCGGCUCGAGACCCCACACGAUCCGCAUGCCGGGUUGCCACCAGUACCCAUUCGAUACGUACGAGUACUGGGAGUGCGCCGUGCGACACUUCACCUUCACGAUCUACCAUCCAACGGGAACAUGCAAGAUGUCACCGCGAAGUGAUCCCACGGCCGUCGUGGAUCCGCGACUGAGGGUUUACGGGGUGAAGGGGCUUAGAGUUGCCGACGCGUCGAUCAUGCCCAACAUCGUCAGCGGCAAUCCGAACGCACCGGUCAUCAUGAUCGGUGAGAAGGUCAGCGAUAUAAUCAAGGAGGACUGGCGAGUAAAAAGAAAGCGAAGUGCGGGAAGUUGACGGGAAGACGACGGCGAAAUUGUCUCGGCACAGAUCCUCCUCUACAUAUAAUUAAAAUUCUCGCGCCGCAUACGGAAGGGUGUAUAAGAAUGUUAAACGUAGAUUACACUUUCUCUAUCCCGAAACGUCUCAGAUGUUUUCGGCGACUUAUUUUCUCUCGCAUAAAAGUCCCUGUACAUAUCGUAUUUUAUACAUGUAACAUUCUGUACAUAUGUGUAUACCUAACUAUCAGGAGCGUAGAGUGUGUCGUAGCCAUCCAAGUGGCAAUCUCAAUGACACCAGAGUGGCGGUGCCAUUCCUUGUAAUAACAUGAAAAAUACAAUUUAUUUAUUUUCUCUUC